AUGAAAUUAUUAAAAUCAAUUUUAAUUUCUAUAAUUUUAUCAAUUAUAGCAAUUAGCGUUAAUGCGAGAAAUGGAAGUGGUAAACCAUUAUUUGAUUAUGUUCAAUCAUAUGAUCCACAUUAUAAUUGGGAUUUGAAAGCAACAUAUAAAUUAAAUAAUGCUACUUAUCAUGUUUUAUCUUUAGUAUCACAAAAAUGGUUAUCUAAUCAAGAUACUGAUAAUUCAGUUUGGAAACAUUGGUUAACAAUUUGUAUUCCAGAUAGUUAUAAUAAAAAAAAAGGAAUUGAUACUGCUUUUUUAUUUAUUGAUGGUAAAAAUAAUAAUGUAACUGUACCAGGUAUUGAAUCAAUUUCACCCUAUUCAUCAAAUGUUUGUAUUAAAAGUAAUGCAAUUACUGCUGAUCUUACACAAAUUCCAAACCAACCAAUUACAUUCACUAAAGAAGGUGUACCAAGAAUUGAAGAUGCAUUCCUUGGUUAUACAUUCAGAGCAUUCCUAAAUGAUAGUAGAGAUCCAACAGUUCUUGGUUAUCUUCCAAUGGUUAAAGCUGCAGUUAGGGCAAUGGAUGCAGUUCAAGAAUUUGGUAAAACUAAAACUGGUGCUUAUAAAAUCAAAGAUUUCGUUGUAUCAGGUUUAAGUAAACGUGGUUGGGCAACUUGGUUAACUGGUGCAGUUGAAAAAAGAGUCAAAGCAAUCAUUCCAGUAGUUAUGCCAAUUCCAAACAUGGUAAAUAAUAUUGGCCAACAAAUGGAAGCUUAUGGUGACUGGUCUUUCGCUUUGGGUGAUUAUGUUGCAGCUGGCAUACCAGAUUACCUCUACACUAAAUUAAUGACUAAAUUAACAAAUAUCGUUGAUCCAUUGGUUUACUUUAACAAAUUGACAAUGCCAAAAUUAGUAGUUUUAACAACUGGUGAUGAAUUCUUCUUAAGUGAUUCAACUAAAUACUUUUGGUCACAAUUAAAAGGUGAUAACUAUUUAAGAAUUAUACCAAACACAAAUCAUUACAUUCUUAAUGGUGUUGAUCAAGUUGUUAAUUCAAUGUCAACCUUUUUCGAUUAUGUCACUGCUUCUAAAGUUGAAAUUCCAUCCUAUUCAUGGACUAUUGAUUAUUCAGCAGAUAAUAACACUGGUACAAUUAGUUUAUCAUUGGAUAAAAAAUCAAUUUUACCAGUAUCAGUUGUUGUUUAUUCUGGUACAACCAUCUCAUCAACCAAGAGAGAUUUCCGUAUGUUUACUUGUUCUCUUCCAACUUGUUAUCAACCAAUUCCAUGGAUUCCAACUGUUUUAUCACCAGAAACAUCAACUAAUAAAAACAAUGGUCCAAUUUAUAAAGUAACCAUUUCAAAACCAACUUCAGGUUGGACUGGGUUCUUCGUUGAGGCAACUUUUAUUACUCCACUAGGUAAGAAAUCUCAAUUCACCUCUGAAAUUGCAAUGGUUCCAAAUAAAUUACCAUUCCCAAAAUGUUCUGAUGCUUGUACUGUCGGUGUAUCAAAUAUUGAAGAUGAUCAUAAUGAUUCUCAUACUCAUUAUGAUAAUGAUUUCGAUUAUGGUUGUGAUAAUUAA